UAGAGCCAAUUCGGGGACUCAAAAGUGAAACAUUUCAUUCCGUAUGGCUUUCCUGUAUGUUAGUAAGUUUGUGUACCCCUUGGACAGCACUUCUAUCCAUCUGGACAAUUUAACAAACUCACAAGGAUUGGCAGAUGAAGAUGUACUCCAAGGUGUUUGCCAUGUUCCUUUUGCUGGUGGCUGUUUUCUACCAGGUAGGCAGCACGUCUGUCACAGAACAACAGGCAGAGGAGGACAGCGCAGAGGUUCUGUUUCCUUGGCGACAGAAGACAGUGGGGUCUAGUGGAUUACAGAGAGCCAAGAGAGCCUGGGUUAUUCCACCAAUCAACAUCCCUGAGAAUACCAAGCAAAUCCCAAAGAAUGUAGUCCAGAUCAAAUCUGACACUCUGGAGCCCGGGAAGGUGCUGUAUAAGAUCCAAGGCCCGGGGGUCGAUGAGGAUCCCAAAGGAUUUUUUGAAAUCAAUGAAACGACGGGGUGGGUCAUUCUAAUGAAUGUGCUUGACAGGGAAACCCACAGCAAGUUUAAGAUCAAAGCCUACGCCCUGGAUUUGAGCGGGAAACCCAUGGAAGACCCCACUGAACUCGAGAUCCAUGUGGUGGAUCAGAACGACAACCGACCCACCUUCGUGCAAGAGGAAUUUACCGGACGCGUUCAUGAAAACUCUAAACCAGGUACGUCUGUCAUGCAGGUUGAGGCAACGGAUGCAGACGACAUUGAGACAGAUAACGCAGCCCUGGCGUACUCCAUUAUCGGCCAGGAGAGCAUCCCGCCAUUCCGAAUCAAUAAAACCAUGUUCGGAAUCGAUGAACUCACCGGUAUCAUCUCCACCAGGGAUGUAGGGCUGGAUCGAGAGGAGGUGGAGGGGUUUAAUAUCACACUCCAGGUUGCUGACAUGUCUGGCUCUGGGCUGACCAGCUAUUCCUCAGCACUGAUCUACAUCAAUGACAUUAACGACAAUGCUCCCAAUUUCACCUCUGAGACGUUCCAAAUGUCAGUAAUGGAGAACAAAGUACAGGCUGACAUUGGCAGAAUCACUGUGACAGACGAAGACGAACCGCAGACAGAGAACUGGUGGGUGAAGUACACCAUCACAGCUGGGGAUCCGGAGGGGAACUUCGACAUCCGCAGGGAUGAUGCAACCAACGAAGGCAUAGUGUCUGUGGUGAAGCUGCUAGAUUAUGAGUCUCUGAAUUACUAUGAGCUGGUGGUGAUGAUGGAGAACGAGAGUCCGCUAAGCCUCAUGGGUCCCAAGACCCCCCCGAGCAGUGCCACUGUGACCAUUAAUGUGCUGAACCAGAACGAGCCCCCCGGCUUCCGGCAGAGCCCCCUGAGACUUAGCGUCCCCGAGGGAAGCCCAGCCGGCACCCUGCUAGCCAGCAACAUCGCCUUGGACCCAGACAGGCAGGCUCUCCGAUACGAUGUGGAGUACGACCCGGACCAGUGGCUGUUCCUGGACGAUGAGUCUGGGGAGAUCACAGCCAACAAGGAAAUUACCAAGAAUUCCCGCUUCCUCACUAAGGACGUCUACAUGGCCGUCAUCACAGUGGAAGACACAGGAGACUACCCCAGCACAGCCACAGCCACCGUGUAUAUCACAGUGUUAGAGGUGAAUGACUUUGCCCCUGAGCCCUUUUCUCUGAGCAAGUUCAUGUGCAAUGACCCAGAGAAGGGUUCUGGUUUGGUUCUGAGUGCUACCGACAAGGACCAGCCCCCUCACAGCGCACCCUUUCUCUUCAGUUUGGAUGACAGUGAGCCAGAGAAUAUUCGGAACUGGACCCUCCACAGAAUCAACGAUACUCAUGCAGCACUGCGUCUGCUCUCAGCAGUGGUGGAGGGGGAGUACGUGCUCCCGGUGGUGCUCAGUGACUCUGGCACGCCUGCCCUCGCUGAGAUCCACAUGGUCAACGUGACGGUGUGCCACUGCAACAACGAGGGAGACUGUCAGCCUAUCUUAGCUGCCAUCUUCAGCGCUGGAAUGGGGCUGAGCCUGGGAGCACUCCUCAUCAUCCUGGGCAGCAUCGUGCUCCUGCUCUUGCUGUUGUUGAUCAUGGCUGCAGUGGAACAGUGUCGCCAAAGGCCCAUCAGGAAAGGCAUGCUGGGAAUCUCAGACGAUGACAUUCGAGACAACAUCCUGAACUACGAUGAGCAAGGGGGCGGAGAGGAGGACGAGAAUGCCUACAACAUGGACCAGCUGAGGAACCCCAAUGAGAUCAUCCCACCCCCCACCACAGCCAUGCCUAGAGGGAAACAGCCAGUCAGGAAAGACACACCCUACAACUACCCCUCCCCCUCGUAUCCACGGAAAACCCCGGCCGACCCCAUCGACAUUGAGGACUUCAUUAAUGAUGGUCUGGAUGCAGCAGACAAGGACCCCAAUGUGCCCCCGUACGACACAGCGCUGAUCUAUGACUUCGAGGGGGACGGCUCACUGGCUGGCAGCCUGAGCUCCAUUGCCUCAGGCAGCUCUGAUGGAGACCAGGACUAUGACUACCUCAACAGCUGGGGCCCCCGCUUUAACAAACUGGCCAACCUGUAUGACAAGCACUGACACACUGCAGCUCUCUCUCACACACACACACACACACACACACACACACACACAAACCCAAUCGCUGCCCUGGCUGAAGGGGACCUCUGUGCAUCGCUAAAGUCAGCGUGUUUCAUAUUCUUAUUGUAACCCUUCCCCAUCAUCACCCACUCCAGAACCCCUCUGCCUAAUACCAGCUGCUGCAAGGCUUACAGCAGGACUAGGACUUUUUUGACUUAAUCAUAAUGGUUGUGCAGGGCAAAUUGGACUUUCCUUGUAAGAUCCGUCAUGCAAUUACAGGUUUUGCCACCUGGUGGCAUGUUGCAGUGAAAUCCCACUAUAUCCUAAUAUAAAUACAAAUUCAAAGUUAAAGAGCAAUAAAUAUCACGUACGGAAUUUCUUUAUUUUUUUUUUAAACUGCUGCAGUAUGCAAUUGUAUUUGUUAUUUGUUUCUUUGGCUAGGAUGGCUGUGACGGGUGAGGCUGGAUAGUGGGCAGUGCUGAGCAGGCCAGGUUGAGAUUGAGUGCCGGUAGACUGGGCAGAUUGAUGGCAGGGAUUGCAGUAGGUGAACUUUGAGCAUGUAAGGAAUUUAGCUGGUUAGGUGACAAAAGAACAUGAGAACUCUGAGCAGCGUAUAACCAAAUACAUAUAUUGUACCAAUCAGAGUACCAAUUUAAGGACUAAGAGUUAAAAUCAAAAGGUCCAUAUUAAACAAUAAUAUUAUAAUAAAUGAUUCAUAUAUUGUAAGAGGACCUAUCGUAUUUGUAUCAAGUUGCUCCAGGACUUAAGAAUGUAUGCGGAACUUUAAAGGUUACGAAGAAGAAGAUUUUAUUUUUGUGUUUUGUUUUUUUUUUGGCCAAGAAGUCAGAAAAACUAAAUAAAGAAACUUGAUAAUGAGGGUUUGGAUAGUAAAGCCUUCUAUUAAUCUCUUCUGUAGUCAAGGGAGAUGGGAAGGAGAGGUGGUAAAUUAGGGAUUCUAUUAUAAUUUAUGCUGGGUUGAGUGAUAAAGUACAAGACAUUGUGUUUUUUAUUUUUGAAUUUAGUUUGCUGUUUCUGUUAUUUGCAUUCAUGACACAUUGACUGAGAUAGAGGGUAUUGUUGUAUAGAGUUUACCUUUAAUCUUGAGGUGUUCUUUUUUGUUUGAAAAAGAUUUAAUAAAUUGAAUGUGUUAAAAAAAAACAUUCAAGACCUAACAAAAUAAUAUUUGAUAUCCACCAAUUCAAUUCAGAUUAAUUAUAUUGUAAAACCUGUUGUUUCUUAGAAUUUUUUUUUUGAUAUACACUAAUUCACUCUGUUCUUGCAAUCAGUUAAAGUAUUUUUGUAUCAAGUCAUGAUUUUGUAUUACAUUUUGCAUAUAUACAUUACAGAUUAAAAGUAAUGCCUUGCCAUAGGUUUCCCUUUUGCAUUAUAACAACUCUCCAUAAUACUAAUGCUUGAGCAGGCGUGUUCAUCAUAGCACAAUCUUAUUUCUAUAAUAAACGUUAAAAUAUUAUACGAUAGACCCACUGCUAUACCCCAUUUUAGGGGAAUUAUUAAUGCAGUUAUCAAGGCUAUUUUAUUGUUCUGUAUACAUUUCAUGUUUUUAUAUUGAAGCGGUGUUGCACAGUCGGGAACAAUUUGUGUUUGUUAGCUGAAAUGGGGUAUACUUCAAACUGCAGGCACAUUAACUACAUAUAGGAGGCUGUGUGGUCCGGUGGUUAAAGGGCUUGUAACCAGGAGGUCCCCGGUUCAAAUCCCGGCUCACUCACUGUGAGACCCUGAGCAAGUCACUUAACCUCCUUGUGCUCCGUCUUUCGGGUGAGACGUUGUUGUAAGUGACUCUGCAGCUGAUGCAUAGUUCACUCACCCUAGUCUCUGUAAGUUGCCUUUGGAUAAAGGCGUCUGCUCAAUAAACAAAUACAGUUACACUGUGUUUACUAGCCUCAUUUAUGGAAUGUGCACAGUGGUGUGAUUGUGAGGAUGGAGCUCCAUACAUUAACAUGUACUUAGCCCAAUGAUUUUCUCAAUCAUAACUGUUGUAAGUACAAUUAAAUACACAGUGUAAAGGACUGUGAAGAUACAGUACAGUUCAAUGGAUCUGUAUUUUGAAAUAUAUCCUUAAUAUGCGACUGGAAAUGCUAACACACUGUUUUUACUUUUUUCAUACGUGUGUGCAACAGCUUGUUUAAUUUUUUAUGUUUGUUUGUUUGUUUUUUUUUUUUUGGACCAAUAAAAAUACAGGAUUAAG